UCUCCUCCGCUUUCCAUAGCCAAAUCGGCUUUUCACUGUUUCUACGCAAAAGGCUUCGAAGGAGAUAUAUCGCCUCUGCAUCGCUGUUGAAUCCGUACCUCUCCGGCUGAUUUUUCUCCGAUCUACCACUUUCCACCGCAGGAGCCAUGAAUCCAGAGUACGACUAUCUUUUCAAGCUACUGCUCAUCGGGGAUUCUGGUGUCGGGAAAUCAUGCCUCCUUCUAAGGUUCGCUGAUGAUUCAUACAUAGAAAGUUACAUAAGCACCAUUGGGGUCGAUUUUAAAAUUCGGACUGUGGAACAAGAUGGGAAGACCAUUAAGCUCCAAAUUUGGGACACUGCUGGUCAAGAGCGAUUCAGGACUAUCACAAGCAGUUACUACCGUGGGGCACAUGGAAUCAUCAUUGUCUAUGACGUCACGGAUCAAGAGAGCUUUAACAAUGUGAAGCAAUGGUUGAAUGAAAUUGAUCGUUAUGCCAGUGAUAAUGUUAACAAACUCUUAGUUGGGAACAAGUGUGAUCUUGCUGCAAAUAGAGCUGUUCCGUAUGAAACGGCCAAGGCUUUUGCGGACGAGAUUGGGAUUCCAUUUAUGGAGACGAGUGCUAAAGACUCCACGAACGUGGAACAGGCUUUCAUGGCUAUGGCUGCGGCCAUCAAGGAGAGGAUGGCAAGCCAGCCAGCGGCGAACAACGCAAGGCCACCGACGGUGCAGAUCAGAGGCCAGCCUGUUGCCCAGAAGAGCGGCUGCUGCUCCUCUUGAAGCUAAAAAAUGACAUAGAAGCGUG